AUGGACAUCCCCGCUGCCGCCUUGCGCCCUCAGGGCAUGGGACUCCUCGAGAAUGAUAUCCGGCUCAUCAUCUUCCUCGUGGUCGAUUUCAAGUCAAUUCCUAAUCUUGCCCUUACCAGCAAAGCGUGGACCACCACAUACGCCGCGCAUCGAACAUACAUCCAUCGCUACUGCCUUCGUGGCGUCAUUGGCGAAGAGAAUAUGUCAAUUGCCUUUGCCCGCUAUGCCGCUUCGCAGCUCACCUGGACGCCUUCGCCCAUACGCGGCUUCAGCAAGUCGUGCUCUCUUGAAGAACUACCUGUCAAACUCCAAGAGUUCGGCAACAAAUACCUGGUUCCUGGAGCCUUAAUGCCGUCGGAUAUUGACCAUAAAAUGGCUAGAGGCAUGAUUCACUUCCACACACAUGUGAGAAACUGGUCAUCAAACUUCGGUUAUUUAUCUAGGGAGUCGUGGACGGAUCGUCUAUGGGACUUUGAGAGCCUCGCAUUGAACAACCAAGAGAUAUCGAGAUUCGAAAAUUCCGUGUACAUCCUCGAGAUUCUGAGGCUGCUAUUUCCUGUAUACUUGGAGGACGACCGCGAGGAAGACAGAGAAAUCUUCACCGCUCUUUGUCAUUUCUUCGCGCCAUGGCAAUUGCACAUUAUUAAAGAGAUCGAAAACAACAUGAUCGAACUUUGCCCAGAUUGGUAUCUCUCGGAAUUCACCGAUAACAACGUCGUUAGCGAUGUCUCGGCAUUUGAGGCCAUUUUUUCAUCAUUAGGCGUGGAAGGAAUUAGCGAGAAUCGUGUUCAUGGUGUUCUCAAAUGCCAGUCAUUGGUGGAGGACAUGCUGCGGGCUGAGAACAGACAGAUCUUUGCUUUGACCCCACGACAUGAAUAUCAGCCUCCUCUCGGUACUUUAAGCUGGCUCUUUGAGAAAGAUACCUUGCAUCAGAUUCAACGUGCUGAUAUCGAAGAACUUCUGAGCAAGUAUCCGGAAGAUGAUACCGGACCAGCCGAUUGUUGGCUAUAUCAGCAGACACUGAGUGUUGCGUUGUGCGCUAAGCUCCCAAGUCCACUAUACAUGAUUUCCCCACGUAUUUGUGAUCGCAAGACACUGGAACACAGGUUUGGAGGGUCUUUUCCAAGCAGGAGCGAGUUGAUUGACAACCUCGACGGCGCUCAAGUGGUCGACCGUAACUACUAG